GGGAUGCUGGGAGCGCUAGCUGGUUCUUUUCUUCACUGCGCGUAUCGUUUGGCUUCUCUUUUCACGCCAGUGUCCAACAUUUUAUCCAUGUAAAUGUGUCACUGUGGUUCUAAUAAACUAGUAAUAAAAAGUAAAUUCAUCUCAGUCGGUAAAUUCUUUGCUCUAUUAGCUUGCUACAUUAGCUUGUUAAGCUACUCCAAUAACAUUUCACUUAUAUGUGAGUGUUUACUCUCUAACUGUACUUUUGUGUUCAGUGUCUCUUUCGUUAGACGACGGAAUGUUAUUCUGAACGCAUAUUCAUAACUACAUUCAUUUGACCUAAUGUUAACGUAUGCUGGCUGGCGCUUUGCAUCUUCUCGACUUGGGGUCUCCGGUGCUGAGACAGAAUGAUCAGAAUACAACGAGCCCGAAGUUGAAAACCCAGAAGCAAGCCGAAUGAAGCGAGCGGCUGCCAAGCAUCUAAUAGAGCGCUAUUACCACCAGUUAACGGAAGGCUGUGGGAAUGAAUUGUGCUCCAACUCCUGGUGUGCCUCGUCUUCUGACUUCUGCCGUAUGGACAACAAUGCGGCAGCUGUCAAAGCCCUGGAGCUCUACAAGGUCAAUGCAAAACUAUGUGACCCCCAUCCCUCGAAAAAAGGUACUGCUUCGGGCUACCUUGAGAAUUCUCCGUGUAGCAAUACCAAGAUGAACCAUAAGGAUCUCCACUCCAUACGAGACAAUUUCAAAGAUGUGAAUUACCUGACGGAGGAAAAAGUGUAUGAGAUCUUGGAUAUCUGCGGUGAGAAGGAGGAUUACUCCCCCCUCAUCAGAGUAAUUGGCCGAGUGUUCUCUAGCGCCGAGGUCCUGGUACAGAGCUUCCGACGGUCAAAUCCUCACACCAAAGAGGAGCUCAAGUCCCUUCAGGAAAAGGAUGAGGACAAAGAUGAGGACGAAAAGGAGGCCGCUGCUUGUUCGACCACAGCCAUGGAAGAGGACUCCUCCACCUCUUCUUCAUUGUUGCGGCUUGGAGAGGGUUCAUCUGUAGACAAUGCUGUCCAAAAACUGGCGCCCGAUGAGGUGACGGUAGACAUCGAAGCGGUGCGCCGGGUGUACGAGCGCCUGCUUUCAAAUGAGAAGAUAGAAGCUGCUUUCUUGAACGCGCUGGUCUACCUCUCACCUAACGUAGAGUGUGACCUAACGUACCAUAAUGUUUAUUCUCGUGACCCAAAUUACCUUAACCUGUUUGUUAUAGUGAUGGAGAACAGCAACCUCCACAGUCCAGAGUACUUAGAGAUUGCCCUCCCACAGUUCUGUAAGGCCAUGAGCAAACUCCCACUGCCCGCUCAGGCCAAACUCUCUCGACUGUGGUCGCACUACACCACUGAGCACAUUCGGCGCAUGGUGGAGACCUUCCAGCAGCUAAUUACCUACAAGGUGAUCAGUAAUGAGUUCAACAGCCGCAACCUGGUAAAUGACGAUGACUCUGUUGUGGCGGCCACCAAGUGCUUGAAGAUUGUCUACUAUGCAAAUGUGCUGGGUGGCGACCUUGAUAGGGAGCACAAUGAGGAUGAGGAUGAGGAGCCUAUCCCAGAGUCCAGCGAGCUUACCCUGCAGGAGCUGCUUGGUGAGGAGAGGCGGAACAAGAAGGGUCCUCGGGUGGACCCGCUGGAGACUGAGUUGGGCAUCCGCACCAAUGACUGUCGCCGGCCACUCAUCCUCUUCGAGGAGUUCGUCAAUGAGCCUCUGAACGAAGUGCUAGAAAUGGACAAAGACUACACUUUCUUUAAGGUUGAAACUGAAAACAAAUUCUCCUUCAUGACAUGUCCCUUCAUCCUUAAUGCUGUCACCAAGAAUCUGGGCCUGUACUAUGACAACCGCAUCCGCAUGUACAGUGAGCGACGCAUUACGGUGCUGUAUAGCUUAGUGCAGGGCCAGCAGCUUAAUCCGUAUCUGAGGCUAAAGGUCCGGCGGGACCACAUCAUUGAUGACGCUCUUGUCAGGCUGGAAAUGAUCGCGAUGGAGAAUCCUGCAGACUUGAAGAAGCAGCUAUAUGUGGAGUUCGAAGGAGAGCAAGGUGUCGAUGAAGGAGGUGUUUCCAAAGAGUUCUUUCAACUCGUAGUUGAGGAGAUCUUCAACCCAGAUAUUGGCAUGUUCACAUAUGAUGAACUAACCAAACUCUUUUGGUUCAACCCUUCAUCAUUUGAAAAUGAGGGCCAGUACACACUGAUCGGCAUAGUUCUUGGCCUUGCUAUCUACAACAACUGCAUCCUGGAUGUUCACUUUCCAAUGGUGGUCUACAGGAAGCUGAUGGGCAAGAAAGGAACCUUCAGGGACCUUGCUGAUGCCAACCCUAUUCUGCACCAGAGCCUGAAGGAACUUCUGGAGUAUACGGGCAGUGUGGAAGAGGACAUGAUGAUCACGUUCCAGAUUUCUCAGACAGACCUCUUUGGGAACCCACUUAUGUAUGAUUUAAGGGAAAACGGGGAUAAAAUUCCAGUUACGAAUGAAAACCGAAAGGAGUUUGUGGCUCAGUAUGCGGAAUACAUGUUGAACAAAAGUGUGGAGAAGCAGUUCAAAGCAUUCAGGAGAGGUUUUCACAUGGUCACCAACGAGUCGCCGCUCAAGUACCUUUUCAGGCCUGAAGAAAUUGAACUACUUAUAUGUGGGAGCAGGAACCUGGAUUUCCUGGCACUCGAAGACACAACGGAAUAUGACGGUGGCUACAACCGAGAUUGUCGAAUCAUCAAGGAGUUUUGGGAGACAUUGCACUCUUUUGGCGAGGAACAGAAGCGCUUGUUCCUUCAGUUCACCACAGGCACUGACAGGGCACCCGUGGGCGGGCUCGGCAAACUGAAGAUGAUUAUCGCCAAGAAUGGGCCAGACACAGAUCGGUUGCCAACAUCUCACACUUGCUUUAAUGUUCUACUGCUGCCUGAGUACAGCAGCAAAGAGAAGCUGAGGGAACGACUGCUGAAAGCCAUCACCUAUGCCAAAGGGUUUGGCAUGCUCUGAGCCCCACCCCUCAAACCGGCACAAUACCACUCGUACCACCACCUGCUCUAAACGCACUGCGAAUAGACUUCUUUUCGAUCCAUCUAGCGCUGCCGCCUCCCUCCGCCCCUUUUUUUUAUGUGACACAAUGUAAGUGGCAGCGGGACAAGUUAAGUCCUUUUACUGUGCCUGCAUUGUCAAACAGUCUUUCAGCGUAAGCACAGGGAUCUCCUGCUUAAACGACCCACAUCCACUUGGCAUGGGUGUGCUGUUGCCUCCCGCUUACCUUUUUAUGUACAGAGAGGAUGAUUUUUCUAUUUAUUUUAGGUUUAACCUGGAUAUUUUUUCACAUCCAACAGUAAAACAAAAGUUAAUAAUCUCUGAAUCAUAGGAUGAAUAACUCAUUAUCAUCCAGGAUUGUGAAACAAAAAAGGUGUCCCGCUGAACAUUGUAGAAGAAAGUUACAAAAAUAAAACACAAUACUAUAGCCUUUCCUGAAUUGUGAAUUUCCCUGUUCCGGGACUAAUAAAAGCUUAUCCCAUUCUUAUUAUUGCUCUUUAAAAAAAAAAAAAAAGAAUAUAGAUCAAUUAUUCCCAUUUCCCUCUAAAAUCUGUUUUGUUUCUUUUGCGGGGAUGGGGCGCCAAUCAGGCUGAGAUCGUGUCAGAGCUGUGUAAGUGCACUUAGACUUUUUUUUUUUUUCGCCCCAGAAUGUUUUUUUAUUUUUUUUUUUUGGGCCACAGGUCACUGCGAUUGUCUGAAACAUUUUUUAGUUACCAUGUCUUCCUGUGUUGACAGAACCAAUUAAAUUAAAACAAAACAGUAUUUAUAUAUCAGGACGGUUGGGAUGAUGACAAACCAGUGUACAUAAUACAGUUUGCUGAUUGGCUGAAAUCCAUAAGGCACUUUGUGUUGUCUAUUUCUGCUGUAAAUAGAUUUCAUGGGCUAACCUUUCAGAAGUGAAAAUGAAGUCCUUUGCUGUGAUGAUAGUCCUCGCUACCACAUCAUUGAGGGUCUAAUUUUCCAUUUUGAAAAUUUGACUCUGCAGGUAGUCAAUGGUUUCUGCACCAAACCCAUCCAACCAAGGGGCCUUACACAAACUGUUCUUGGGAAGCAGAGAAAAUGUCUCAAUGACUGAUUUAGUCGGAACUAAGGAGUUUACCCUCACCAUUGCCUGGUUGAUAGAUGAAUUAAUAGGUGUGCCCCAAUAGUUUUCUCAUCACUGAGUAUGUACACAGAGGAUGUAGUGGUUAUAAAUUUUUACACACUCCUGUUCAAAUGCCAUUUUUUCCAUAUAAAACAUAAGAUAAAUCACUUGAACUUUUUCCACCACUAGUGUCAAUAACCUGUCCAAGAACCUGAAAUCUUUUAGCGAGGGGAUGUAAAAUAAGGGAGAUAAUGUUGUCGUACAUGUCCGUACCCACACAUCCUUUGUGACUGCUCAGAGUUAAACCCAUCACUUUCAAAUUUAUAUGGGGUCAGCACACACCUGCAACUAUUUAAAUAAAGUGCCUAUUAUUAACCCCAAAUAAAGUUCAAAUGUUUAUGUAGUUUUUUUUUUUGUGGUCACAUCUAAACACAGGCAAUGGUCUGAAGAGAGUGUCUAC